GCAGGCGCCUACCUGCCUCCCCUGCAGCAGGUAUUCCAGGCACCGCGCCGGCCCGGGAUAGGAACUGUCGGGAAGCCCAUCAAGCUCUUGGCCAACUACUUUGAAGUGGACAUCCCCAAGAUCGAUGUCUAUCACUAUGAAGUGGACAUCAAGCCUGACAAAUGUCCGCGCAGAGUCAACAGGGAAGUUGUGGAGUACAUGGUGCAGCACUUCAAGCCUCAGAUCUUCGGCGACCGCAAGCCAGUCUAUGAUGGGAAGAAGAACAUUUACACGGUCACAGCCCUGCCCAUCGGCAACGAGCGGGUUGACUUUGAGGUGACAAUCCCCGGGGAGGGCAAGGACAGGAUAUUCAAGGUGUCUAUCAAGUGGAUGGCGAUCGUGAGCUGGCGCAUGCUGCACGAGGCCUUGGUGAGCGGGCAGAUCCCCGUCCCGCUGGAGUCCGUGCAGGCGCUGGACGUGGCCAUGAGGCACUUGGCUUCCAUGAGGUACACCCCCGUGGGCCGCUCCUUCUUCUCGCCCCCGGAAGGCUACUACCACCCGCUGGGCGGCGGCAGGGAGGUCUGGUUCGGCUUCCACCAGUCCGUCCGGCCGGCCAUGUGGAAGAUGAUGCUCAACAUCGACGUGUCGGCCACCGCCUUCUACAAAGCGCAGCCCGUCAUCGAGUUCAUGUGCGAGGUGCUGGAUAUCCGAAACAUAGACGAGCAGCCCAAGCCCCUGACCGACUCGCAGAGAGUGCGUUUCACCAAGGAGAUUAAAGGUUUGAAGGUCGAGGUUACCCACUGCGGGCAGAUGAAGAGGAAAUACCGCGUGUGCAACGUUACCAGGCGCCCGGCCAGCCACCAGACGUUCCCCCUGCAGCUGGAGAGCGGCCAGACCGUGGAGUGCACGGUGGCUCAGUACUUCAAGCAGAAAUACAACCUGCAGCUGAAGUACCCGCACCUGCCCUGCCUCCAGGUGGGCCAGGAGCAGAAGCACACGUACCUGCCCUUGGAGGUGUGCAAUAUCGUGGCGGGCCAGCGGUGCAUCAAGAAGCUCACAGACAAUCAGACGUCAACCAUGAUAAAAGCAACGGCCAGGUCUGCCCCGGACAGGCAGGAGGAGAUCAGUCGGCUGAUGAAGAAUGCCAGCUACAACCUGGAUCCCUACAUUCAGGAGUUUGGUAUCAAGGUGAAGGAUGACAUGACAGAGGUGACGGGGAGGGUCCUGCCAGCUCCUAUCCUGCAGUACGGAGGCAGGAACCGGGCCAUUGCAACUCCCAACCAAGGCGUGUGGGACAUGCGAGGGAAGCAGUUCUACAACGGCAUUGAGAUCAAAGUCUGGGCGAUUGCUUGCUUUGCCCCGCAGAAGCAGUGCCGAGAGGAGGUGCUGAAGAACUUUACAGACCAGCUGCGCAAGAUCUCCAAGGACGCGGGGAUGCCGAUCCAGGGCCAGCCCUGCUUCUGCAAGUACGCGCAGGGAGCAGACAGCGUGGAGCCCAUGUUUCGGCACCUCAAGAACACCUACUCGGGGCUGCAGCUCAUCAUCGUCAUCCUGCCGGGCAAGACGCCGGUGUACGCCGAGGUGAAACGUGUUGGAGACACCCUCUUGGGAAUGGCCACACAGUGCGUCCAGGUCAAAAACGUGGUGAAAACCUCCCCGCAGACCCUCUCCAACCUCUGCCUCAAGAUCAACGUCAAGCUCGGCGGGAUCAACAACAUCCUCGUGCCUCACCAGCGCUCUGCCGUCUUUCAGCAGCCCGUGAUCUUCCUCGGGGCCGACGUCACCCACCCGCCGGCUGGGGACGGGAAGAAACCCUCCAUAACGGCCGUCGUGGGCAGCAUGGACGCCCACCCCAGCCGGUACUGCGCCACGGUGCGCGUGCAGCGUCCCCGCCAGGAGAUCAUCGAGGACUUGUCCUACAUGGUGCGGGAGCUGCUCAUUCAGUUCUACAAGUCCACCCGCUUCAAGCCCACCAGGAUCAUCUUCUAUCGCGAUGGCGUUCCCGAGGGGCAGCUCCCGCAGAUCCUUCACUACGAGCUCCUGGCAAUCCGAGACGCCUGCAUCAAACUGGAAAAGGAUUACCAGCCUGGCAUCACGUACAUCGUGGUCCAGAAAAGGCAUCACACCCGCCUCUUCUGCGCCGACAAGAACGAGCGGAUUGGGAAGAGCGGGAACAUCCCGGCGGGAACAACAGUGGAUACAAACAUCACCCACCCCUUUGAGUUCGACUUCUACCUGUGCAGCCAUGCAGGCAUUCAGGGCACCAGCCGGCCGUCCCAUUACUACGUCCUCUGGGACGACAACCGCUUCACGGCCGACGAGCUGCAGAUCCUCACGUACCAGCUGUGCCACACGUACGUGCGCUGCACGCGCUCCGUGUCCAUCCCGGCGCCCGCCUACUACGCACGGCUGGUGGCCUUCCGAGCGCGCUACCACCUCGUGGACAAGGAGCACGACAGCGGCGAGGGCAGCCACAUAUCCGGCCAGAGCAACGGCAGAGACCCCCAGGCCUUGGCCAAGGCUGUGCAGGUUCAUCAGGACACUUUACGUACCAUGUACUUUGCUUGAAAGCCUAAAUUUUGUUACCUCACUCAAGAAAGCUUUCAGAUUUGUAGGAGCCAUACAAAAAAGGAAGCAUUGGGACACCUUGUUUUUUUUCCAAUGAGAAAUCACUGCAGGGCAGGCAGCGUCGAUUGAGGCAGGAGACCAGCACCACGGGACAGCAAAGAUCCAGCGCUUUGUAGGAUUGGAAGAGACUGAUGGUUAUUUUUUUAAUUUUUUUUCUGGCUUUCCAAAAUUUUGACCUGACCAAACACAUGAAGGCAUUCAAGGAAGAGAUUAAAACUCCCAGGAGGCAGAAGCAGGUUUUCAUGUUUAAGAUGCAAUACUAUAGACUCCUGACUGUGAAAUGGCCGAUUUGGUCCUCCGUUGCCCACCAGGCGCUGGUAGGUAUUUUUUGUGGGGUUGGGGGGAGGGAAUUUUUAGAGCCUUAAAACAGAAGACUAGAUUUAUAAAACUAAUAUUUUAGAAUAUGAGAUGCUUUAACGGGUUAAGGGGAAAAACAACUAGUUUAUAGGAGAAUUCUAACACUAACCGUUCCCCCCCGAAUAAUUCCCCCCCAUUUAAUGUAAGGCACCCUAGCACUUAGCUCAGAACUGAAACUGUCUUCCUCGUGUUAAAAAGCUAGUUAGCUGCUGCCAUUCGAAGCAACAGUCACAGACUUUUCCAUGGGUGAGUGCCUUACUAUGAUGCUGCAAAAUUUCGAUGUUUUUAAUCUCGUAAGGAAAACAGUAAUCUCGUCUUGCUGGUGGUCCAUAUUUCCAUCGGAAGGAGUUGAUUUUUAUGGUCCUGAGUUGCAGUUUGUGUUAGAUCACAACCUCAUGGUGGUUAAACUCCAUUGAAAGACGUGCACUUUCAUGUAGGACAAGUUUAAUGGCUGCUGACCCAUUUUUGUUUCCAGUGUACUAUUUGUUAUUUAAAACUGUUUCUGACAAAUGGGGGCAUCUUCAUCCCAUGAGGACAGAAAUUGCUAUCGAUUCUUUUCUUUUUUCUUUCUUUCUUUUUUUUUUUUUUCUUCUGACUUUCUAUGAUGGAAACCGGGAUUUUUUUACUGAACAUUAUUUUUAUACGAUGCCGAGUCUGUUGCCAAAACACACGAGUCAUGGACAUUGUCAGCGUUUACACGGCCGCCCUUGCUGAGGCGGGAGCCGCGUUGCCCCUCAGCGCUCCCGUCUCCCGCGCGCCACGUGCGUCCCUCGCGUGUCCGUGCGGACCGGCCGCUUCCCGCCGUGCCACGGGCCCCAGCUCCAGCGUGGCCAAACCCUCACGGAUUCUGCUGCUAGGUUUGCUGCUUUCUUUUUUUUUGUUCCAUGCUAUCACUGAUUUUAUGCACAGGGUGUUUUAUCCUGAAAGCACACCAGAUUGUUCCUUAGAGUUAUCAAGUACUUUGUGACUGUUGUCGGGGAAACUCCUCCUGGUUUGUGUUCAUAAUGGCAAGAAAGCCUUUUAUUUUAUUUUUUUUUCCCCCCAGCAGUAAAACAGUGGCUGCUUUUCAGACUCUUUUUGCUCUACAGUGACCAUUCUGCACAGCAGAGCAGUAGUAGCAGCUCCUUAACCAAUCGCACGUGAGCAGAUUAUCUGAUUCCUUGAUAUGAAAAGGUGCACAAAAGCUUCCUUAGAGGGAGAUUGCUACGUGUGCACUGCUGCUGAGCUCUGCCAAGAGCCAACACCGUUGCAAAGCCUGUCACGAGCGCUGCCCUUGCUCGGUACACACUGAUAGAAGCACACGUUUUAUUUUUUACUUACGGAUGUUUAAACUUGCCUUGCUAGCUGUUCAUAAAAACAUUAGUCAUGUCGCCCUAUUGCUCUGUCCUAACACCAACAGUUCACUGUACUCGUUUUCUUUUCGGGCAACGUGUUUGUGAAAAAACGCAGACAUUAUAUGCUAUGCAAACUAAGUGCUGAGCCCGCUGCCGUCGCGUCUUGUGAAGACCUUGCCCUGAGCGCAGUUGUGUUUUUCUCCAGACCGCAGCAUUUGGCUCAUGCUUUCCUUUUCUGGCCUUGUGUCAACCUCCACCGCUGUAUAUCUGCAAGGUGACGGGGAGGAGGCCGAGCAGCACGCGUGGUCGGUAGGGCGGGGAGCUCCCAGGGAGGCUUGUAGAGAGCAGGGACCGCGUGAGCACCAAGCGUCAACGUGAGAAGCCUACAUUCCUAUACACAAGUGCCUGCAUAGUGACACAAAUCCAGCACCUCUCCCAUUUCACCCUCCGGACCCGGGCUUGUGUUCCGACGAGCUCCGAGGGGCUCUACCCGCUCCGCCUUGUGUUGGGAGGCUCCUCGCUGAGAGCAAAGCCAGGGCUUACGGUCAAAGUUCUCUCCGCAAUCGGUUUGUUCACCAGCAUUGUGACUGAAAGCGCCUUGCUGCCGCUCAGCAGCGAAGGGCAAAGGUAUUUUGGGUUCUGCCUUUUAUUUUCACGUUUUAGUUGGGUCUGUAAUCCUGAAAUGUCUUUUAGUAGCUGUGGCAUCGCACGUGCCAUUUUUAACCAUUUGAAAAGAGAUAGCGUGGGCAUUUACAGAAACAGCGUGUUGCUCUGUAACGAUUUUUUUUUUAACCUUGAGACUUGAAAUGUAAAAUGGACCUUUAAGAUUUGCACUCAUUUGUAAGGUGGCUGUUCAUAGAAAACUAUGAAUGAAGACUUGCUGAUGUAGCACCUACGUUUAACAGCAAUUUUAACUACACAAAAGCUUCACGGCUUCUGAAACUCUCGGCUGUUGACUUGCAGAUCGUGUUCUGCCCUUAUUUCACCCUCCGCGUUGGGUUUUCAUGGUUUUAAAUAAAUAAAUAAAUAAAUAAAGCCAAACUCA